CUCAAAGAGACCAACACACAUUUCGUCUUCUUCCUUUCUCUUUUUGUUUGAUAGAAAAUAAAAACAAAUGAAGAGCAACAAAAACACUAACUUGAUCCUCUUCCACCACCACAACACAGCUUCAGCCGUCGCCACCGUGAAUCACCACCGUCUCUUACUCUUAUUCAUCUUCAUCCUCUCUUUUUUCACUCUCGUCUUCUCUUUCUUUCUCUUCUCAUCCUCACUCCACUCCACUACACCAACCUCCAACUCUCUCUCCUCAUCUUCAUCAUCACCCUCCUCUCUCUCACCACCCAUCCUCGCCGCACUCCUCCACUACACUUCCUCAACACCACCAAACACCUCAAUGUCCUUAUCCGAGCUCUCCGCCAUCUCCACCGUCAUUAACUCCAAAGCUCCCACCUGUAACCUUCUCGUCUUCGGACUCUCCCACGAAUCUCUCCUCUGGAGAUCCGUAAAUCUCAAAGGCCGCACCGUCUUCGUCGACGAGAAUCCUUACGCUGUUUCUAGAUUCGAGCAGAGUAACCCAGGAGCUGAGGCUUACGACGUCGUUUUCCCGACCAAAGUCUUUCAAGCCGGUAAGCUUUUGCGUUACUAUAAAACCCGACCCGAGUGUCGACCCGUUCAGAAUCUUUUGUUCUCGGAUUGUAAGCUGGCGAUCAACGAUUUACCUAACUUUGUGUACGAGAUUGAUUGGGAUGUGAUUCUGAUUGAUGGGCCGAGCGGGUACGCCGGAGACUCGCCGGGAAGAAUGGCUCCGAUUUUUACGUCGGCGGUUCUGGCGAAGAGUAAAGAUUCCGGGAAGAAGACCAAGACGACGGAUGUUUUUGUACGUGAGUUUGGGAGAAAGCUUGAGAGAGUUUACAGUGAUGAGUUUCUGUGUGAAGAGAAUCUGAUUGAGGUCUUCGGAGAGAUAGGGCAUUUUGUUCUGGCGGGGGAGAAAGGGGGAAAACAGGGGAAUGGGUUUUGUCGGAACUCGACGAAAUUGUCGGAGCCAUUUACGCCGGUAAGUGGUGGCGACGAAGACUGAAACUGAAAGCGAGUUACUUUUGGACUUUGGUGGCUCUUUUGUAAUUAAAUUAGCUUUGAGGGGUUUUAAUUGUCGUUUAGUCUUUUCGUUUCUUUUAAUUUUGGAGACGGUUACACUUUGAAACCUUGAGGAGUACAAAUGACGUAGCCAAAUUCCAUAAUCAAAUGCCAAACUCUAAUGC